AUGCAAAGCAGGAAUAUGUAUGGAUAUCCACAACAGCAAUACUGUGAUGAUGACGGCUCGUGGAUGGAAACAAAGGCUCAGCAGCUACAGAGCCAUGGAUAUCCACAGACACAGCAAUAUCCAGGCACGAAACCAGGUUAUGGCAUUGAUUCUGAUUACUCUAUGCCAAACCAUCAUGGCCAUGACUCUAACCACAAUAUGUAUCGUCAUCAGGACAGCAAGCCUUAUGGGCAUGGCAAUUGUCACGGUGAUGGAUAUGGUGGUGGCAAGAAUGAUUAUGUGUCUGAGCAUAAGUAUGAAGUUUACAAAGAGGAGCGUAUAGCCGGUUCUGGAGUGACGAAGAGGGAUGAAGUGAGAUAUGAGAGGCGUGGCACAUAUGGAGGAGAUGUUUAUCAGGCCAAUCCAUAUGGAUACAACAAUAGCAUGAAUAAUCCUCGUGGUCAUGGAACGAAAAAAGCCAACUGGAUACUAAAAGGAUUCUAA